CACCGAUGUAACCGUAUAAUUUAGUCAAAUGAAAACCUCUGGGUUCAGAUUAAUGAAAGGGACAGAACAACUCGAAUGUGAACGGUCUGCACUGUUUUCUAAAACACUGUCCGCUGCUGGUUUGUGACACAAAGUGCUUUUGAAAAAAAAAUUAAAUAAUAUGGUAUCUUUCCCUCCCACCGAUUCCUUUGCUGAUCCGAUGUAUGAGGCAGGGGGUACGUGAAGAUUUUUCUAGGGCGAAGUGGGUAGCUAAUGGACUUUCUCAUAGCAGCAACAGCAGGUGCAACACGACUGUUGGAGCUGUGCACUGAGGUUCACUCCAGGCUCGGAUCCGCUGCUGUUCCAGCCAAGUUCGUUUCCAGAAAAAACCCGAGAUAGACGAGGGAAGCGCUUUUUUCUCUCUGUCAUCUUGAAAGAAUUUAUUGCACAGAUCAACACUGAAUGGCUUGUUGAAAUUUAUCUUGAGACUCAAUGAGAAAUUUAGUGAUGUCGCCCUGGGAUUAAACCGAGUGGAGGUGAUGUCACCCUGUCUGAAAAGAAAAACACACACACACACCAAGUGAAUGAUGCUGCCAAGAAGAAAGAUCAACCCCCACGUCACUUGUGGCACUGGUAUAAAUAUGGCCCUACAAUUUCCAUGGCUGUCUGUAGGUCUCAGAUAGCUUGAAUUUUGGAACAAGGGAGAAGCUCUGUGUCUUUUUAGCACGGAGACACAAGGAAAUCUAGAAGUUCAUCUUUGCCAGUGGUCUUUAUGUGCCAAGGUGAUAGGGAACGGGGAUAGACCAGCAUCUCUUUAGCUCUUUCCACUGAAAGCUGAAUCAGCGACAAGAUCAGCCUGUGAGAGUGAUUAUCCAAGACUUCGUGAGAGGAAGCAGAUAAUCUCCGGAGCGCCAAACGUUAGUCCCGCCGCUAAAGGCUGGGAAAAUGCUAGCAACCUUGGCAGCAUUCUUCCUGUGGCUUAGGGUCAGCAUGGGGGUGCAUGGUGCUCCCUGCGAGGCUGUGCGCAUCCCCAUGUGCAAGACCAUGCCCUGGAACAUCACCAGGAUGCCCAAUCACCUGCACCACAGUACCCAGGAGAAUGCCAUCCUGGCCAUCGAGCAGUACCAGGAGCUGGUGGACAUCAGCUGUAGCCAGGUGCUCACCUUCUUUCUGUGCGCCAUGUAUGCCCCCAUCUGCACCCUGGAGUUUCUCCACGACCCCAUCAAGCCCUGCAAAUCGGUGUGCCAAAGAGCCCGGGAUGGAUGCGAGCCCAUCAUGAAGAGGUAUAACCACAGCUGGCCCGAAAGCCUGGCUUGCGAUGACCUGCCUGUGUACGACAGAGGGGUCUGCAUAUCUCCUGAAGCCAUAGUCACCGAUGUCCCUGAAGAUGUGAAGUGGACGGAUUUCACUCAAGACGUAAUGGUCCAAGAAAAACCUCAAGAGUCUAACUGCAAGAAUCUAAACCAAGCUCGAUGCAAGUGCCGGAAGAUAAACCCUACCCUAACAACAUACCUGACCAAAAACUACAGCUACAUUAUUCAUGCUAAAGUAAAGAGUGUAGAGAGAGGUAGCUGCAAUGAAAUAACUACAGUGGUUGACGUGAAAGAGAUACUUAAAUCUUCAAUACCCAUUCCUCGGUCUCAAGUGCCUCUUCUUACUAAUUCAUCCUGCCAGUGUCCACAUCUUCUCCCAAAUCAAGAUGUUCUCAUUAUGUGUUAUGAAUGGCAUUCAAGGUUGAUGCUUCUUGAUGGAUGUUUAGUUGAAAAAUGGAAGGAUCAGCUAGAUAAAAGAUAUAAGAGGUGGGAACAGAGACUGCAAGAAAAGGUGCGAACAGCCCAGGAUAAAAAUCAGAACGUUGGACGCACUGGUCGGAGUGGUGCACCAAAAUUGAACACUAAGAACACCAGCCCAGUGCUGGGGACCCCCAAAAAGACCACUAAAAUAAGAAAUGACCAGAAACAAGCAAUCCCCAAAAAAGUAUGAAUUCUGAAUUUCCCUAAGGAAAGACUUUCUUGCAUGAUGAGGGUCACAAGCUGGCUUGAGUGGCAUGUGUAUUACUCCAGAAUUCAUCAACUGCGGUAUUCUGCAUAGACAUUUUUUGUAGCACUUUACUUUUAAAUGUUUGCUUUUUAUUUCAAACCACUGCAAACCAUAGAUUGUAGGUUUGCACUGAUGUGUGGUAGGCUGAUUGAUGGUGCUUAUCAUAUUCAGAGCGGUCGAACGCAUAGUUUACUAAUAAGCAUCGGGAUAUACAUUAUCCAAUUUUUUUAUGUGUGUGCCAUAAAUAUGCUUACAUUAUUAGUGUUUGAACUGUGUGUGUUUGUGUAGCAAAAACACAUCAAAAGGAAACAUUUAAUUUUUUACUGUACUUCAGGCUGGCUUCUGUUGUUAUAACUUUAAAUAUAUUUAAACAUUUAGAUGAAAAAAAAUCAAUGUUUCUAAAAGGAACAAAUUAAAGUGAAACAAAACUACAGAGUGCAUAACAGUAACAUUUACAGGUUUGCCAUUUGCUGAAAUAUGGCUUUGUUAUGAAAAGUGAUUUAAAACAACUGGAGGGAAAAUAUAUUAUUCUGUUACUGUAAACAUGCCCUUCAGUUACUCUGUAGUGCAGAUGUUACACUAGUCCCUCUCUUGAAUAUUUUAUCUCAGGAGUAAAGUGGGCUAUUAGCCAUUUUACCACUGGAGACCUGAUUUUAAAUUUUGCUUAGAUCGCACAAGGAAAUGAGAUUGCUACUCCCUGUUCAUAAACACCUCAACUUCCACACAGUUUGGCACAACUGGAAGGCACUUGUUGUACUGAACAAGGAGCAGGACAAUGCUGAUGCAGCUACUCAUGUGUUUAAGGAUAAGCAGGUGCUUAAAUGCUUUGCUGAGUCAGGGCUUAAAAUUGCAAAGGUGAGAACUUAAAUAUGAGGUACAUUGGCACAACUCUGGGGUGCAGUUUACACUGCUCCUGACUGCACUCUACCUGGCUCAAGCCAUUGCUACGAGGGCACUCUGCUUUUUGCUAACACCUAUUUAAUGCCGUUGCAUAAUGAACAUUUGGCUGUUAAAGUUUCAGUGCCCCUGAGCUUUAAUUAAGGUGUUAGAGCUCACAACAAAUGUCUCAAAGAACCCCCAAGAAUCUUCCAGCAAAACCAGAAAAUACUAGACUUAACACCCCUGAUAUUUUUUAAAGGGGCAAAAUACCAUUCUUAAAAACAAGCAAGCAGACAAGCUUUCCUGCCUUCUUUACUCAUCUUAAAUAAGAAGGAAGGGGAAAAAAGACACAAACCCAAGUUUAAAAAAAAUCCUUUGCAUGUCUCCCGAUUUAUCGUGUCAACACAUUAGUAUGCUGAUUUAAGUUAUUGUAGGAAUCCUAAUGAGGGUUGCAUGCAUUUUAUCUGAGGGCAUAAUUUGUCACCCUGACUUGGUAACAAAAUGUUCUGGUACAAGCAACAAAAGAUGCACAAAUAAAUCCAAAUAGCACCCUGCAAAAAUAUUACUUUCCUUAACCAUGCUCGUACCUGUGCAGCACAAUCACCUCGCUCGCUGGCGUGCAAGCUAAUGAACUUUUCAUGUGUGCAAUUUCUAGCUGCGAGACCCAAGUGGCAAUAGAUGUGUGCUUUGUGUACUUACACAACUAGAAGAACACAGUCACGAAAAGA